AUGGCUGAACGCCUGGAAGACCAUCUUCAAUGUCCCACCUGUCUGGACAUCUUCAAAGAUCCUAUCAUGCUGCUGUGCAGUCACAACUUCUGCCGUGCGUGUCUGCAGCAGUGGAAGGACAAAGGAGAACGAUCGUGUCCACUCUGUAGGGCAAAAAUGCGGUCGCUGGAGGCCCCUCCAAACCUGGCACUGAAGAAUUUGUGUGUAAACCUUUCACAAGCCUCAGUCAAGUCAGAAGACAUCUGCAGCUUGCACCAGGAGGAAUUCAAACUUUUCUGUUUGGACCACCAGGAGCUUGUGUGCAUCAUCUGCAGAGACUCGGCGAUCCAUGUUGGUCACAAGUUCCGGCCCCUCAAAGAAGUUGUGAUAGGUCACCACGAGGAACUCCAGAAAGGCCUGCAAAAUGCAAAGGAAAGACUCAAAGAUUACAACGACUGUAAAGAGAACUGCAAUGAACAGGCAGAAUACAUCAAAGUCCAGAGGGAGAAGGUCGAACGCAAGAUUAAGAAGGAUUUUGAGGAGCUCCGUCGCUUUCUCGACGUCGAGGAGGAGGCCAGGUUGGCUGCGGUCAGGGAGGAAGAGAAGAAGAAGGGUCAAACAAUGAAGGAGAAGAUCGCGGUUCUCGACCAACAAAUGGCCGCUCUAUCGGAUGUCAUCAGAAGCACUGAGGAGCAGCUGGCCUCUGGCAGCAUUUCUUUCAUGAAGAAGUUCAAGACUGCGAUGAGCAGGAUCCAAGAGAUCCCUGAUCAACCGAAGCUGCUCCGAGGUGGUCUGCUGGACAAAGCCAAACACGUGGGAAACCUCAAGUUCAAGGUAUGGAAGCAGAUGAAGGAGAUUGUUGCCUACAGUCCCGUCAUUCUGGAACCCAACACGGCCGGUCCAGGAAUCAGUCUGUCCGAAGAUUUGACCAGUCUGAGUUGGGAAGAAGUACAGCAGGAGCGUCCAAAGAAUCCAGAGAGGUUCAAGUGGAAGUGUGUGCUGGGUGGUGCUUUGGACUUGGGAAGACACGCGUGGGAGGUUGAGGUGGGAGAUAAUAAUCACUGGGCAGUGGGGGUUCAGUGGGGGGACCCUUGCUUGCCAAAUGUAAUGACUGGUUGGUUCAUUGGAUUUCGUGAUGGGAAAUACAAAAAGAGCUCUGGCAAAUAUGGAGAAUUGAAUCUGCCCGUCAAAGUGCAGGUGCUCCGAGUUGAAGUGGACAUGAAUAAAAGGUUAUUGUCCUUCUCUGAACCAUUUACAAACACCCAAUUGUGGAACAAUAAGACUGCUUCUAAUUGGCCAGACUUAUCCGGUAACACCAAAAUGUAUCCUUACUUUUCCACAAAAUGUAAAAUUCCUCUAAAAAUAAUCCCCAUUCCACCUGGUGUUACGACUGCCAUCAGUCAUGUUGACACGGCUUGA